GCGAGCCGGGGAAGGAGGAGAUCAUGGCGGCACCUCCGGCGCGGGACGCCCUGCCGGACCACUGGUCCUACGGAGUUUGCAGGGACGGCAGGGUCUUCUUCAUCAACGAUACAACUCGCAGCACUACUUGGCUGCAUCCUCGCACCGGCGAGCCUGUCAACUCGGGACACAUGAUACGAUCAGAUCUACCGCGGGGCUGGGAGGAGGGCUUCACGGACGAGGGGGCCAGCUACUUCAUCAACCACAACCAGAGGACUACAUCGUUUCGGCACCCUGUGACCGGACAGAUAUCCCCUGAAAAUACGGAAUACACACUGCAGGACAGGAUAGAGUCCCGCAUGUCCAAGCCACUGACAAAUCAGAAGACCCCCAUCAUGGUCAACGACUCCUCCCCGCCUGUGACCUCGACAGCGGAUGCCACCCCGGGGUCAAAGCUACACGGUUCCAGGGGGGCGGGUAAGGUGCACAGUUUUGGCAAGAGGGACCAUGCUGUCAAGAGAAACCCCAACAUCCCUGUGGUCGUGAGAGGCUGGCUCUACAAACAGGACAGUUCUGGGAUGCGGCUGUGGAAACGGAAGUGGUUUGUUUUGUCAGACUACUGCUUGUUUUAUUACAAAGACAGUCGAGAGGAGACAGUGCUUGGGAGCAUCCCUCUGCCUAGCUAUGUCAUUUCCCCUGUGGAACCUGAUGACCACAUAAGUCGAAAAUAUGCAUUUAAGGCGAGCCACACCGGGAUGCGGUCCUACAUUUACAAUAAGAACUCUGUGAUUGGCUCACAGGCAGAGCACUGUGGGAUGCGGACGUACUUCUUCAGCGCGGACACGCAGGAGGACAUGAAUGGCUGGAUCCAAGCCAUGAACCAGGCUGCACUGAUGCAGCAGACUCACACCGUCAAGAGGGAGGUGGAGAGGCCAGAGAAGACUGUUCAACAAGCAGUCCCUCAGACCAAUCACAUCACCUUCAGCCACAACGCCCUCCCGUCAGAGGGCCUCCAUCGGCCCGACAGGAAGGAGCACCAGGACAAUGGCGUUCGACUGGCUCACGGAGAGGAAGUGAGGUACGGGUUGGAGAGCCAAGGUAGACCCGGCCAGCCCGCCUCAGAGGACAGAGUCGAGGGACACUCCCCAGAACCCGUCCUCGGAUCCUCCCACAAGAAUGGCCAGCAGACACCGGGCCAAAUGGCCCAUCUUGCAGGACAGAAUGGGAACGUUGCCCAUAAGAAAGGCUUCAUUCCUCGGACAAACACCGAGAAACAGGUCCAGAGGAAGACCGCUAUGGCUCAGGUGGAGCAUUGGGUCAAAGUUCAGAAAGGGGAAACACCCAAAAGCACUCCCUCUGCUGAGUACAGUCUACCCCGCCGGACACCUCCCAUGAAGCCAAAAGCCAGCACAGUGGAUGUGGCCUACCAGUCAUUGCCAAAGACACCCCAUCUCCCAUCUGGCAGCAGUUCUCCUCCAGUGACCAGCAACCUGCCCAGUGACUACAAGUACGCCCACGACCGGCUCAGCCACUUUCGGAUGUCCACAGACGAGCGGAUGGCCAACAAGGAGGGCAUGGUUUGGCAGCUGUACGAAUGGCAGCAGCGCCAGCAGUUCCGUCACGGCAGCCCCACUGCACCCAUCUACACAGGCCCGAACUUCAUGGACGCCUCCGCUUUUAGGGUCACUGUGGAGAUGCCCCGCUCCAUCUCUGUGCCCCCGUCGCCUUGUGAAGUCCCCCCGUCCGUUCCGUCCACCUUUAAACCCCUCUCCCCCCGCAGGCCACACACUCCUUCAGAUCGGCUGACCGUCCGGCCCCUGGAGGACCCACUACCUGGGGAAAGCACAAGACCCAGCUCCCCUGGACAUGCCUGCACCCAGCUCUCUCAGACUUGUCAGGUUGAGAGGAGGUCGGUGCCAGCCAUGGGCUACAUCACGCACACGGUCAGCGCACCCAGCCUGCACGGUAAAACGCCAGAGGAGCUGACCUUACUCCUCAUUCAGCUCCGGAGGCACCAGGCCAAGAUGGCUGAGGUUCACAGCCCCGGCGAUGCGUUCAUUCACCUGCAGAACCACCGGCACAACGGCCUUCUAGCCCCCAGCCUGCAGGCUGAUGACACUUACAUACAACUGAAGAAGGACCUGGAGUAUCUAGAUUUGAAGGUGACCGGACGUGAAAGUCUGAAAGAGCGCCUGCUGAGACCUGUCAAAAUAGCAGAAAGUGACGCUGAUGUGAAGUUAAGUCGACUGUGCGAGCAAGAUAAGAUUCUGCAGGAGCUGGAGGCCAAGAUACGCAGUCUGAAAGAAGACAAGGACAAGCUGGAGUCGGUGCUGGACGUUUCCCACCAGCAGAUGGAGCAGUACCGGGACCAGCCGGCCCACGCUGAGAAGAUCGCCUAUCAGCAGAGAUUACUGCAGGAGGACGUGGUGCAUAUCAGGGCUGACAUCUCCCAGGUCUCCACGGAGAUGGAGAAUGCGUGGAAUGAGUACAGUCAGAUAGAAAGAGACGUGGAUAGGCUAAGGUCUGCGCUUCAGGGUCAGAUGAGCCGCGGUGAUGUCUCUCAGGAGGAGAAGGCUCAGAUCAGGAAGGAGCUGUGGAGGAUUGAGGAUGUGAUUGCAGGCCUCAGCUCCAGUAAAGCCAACUACCAAGUCACUGUCAACUCUGUCACCAACCCAGAGAGGAAACUUGUGCCUUCGGUGUUGGUGUCCUCCGUGCCUUCUGUGUCUGGGAAUCCAGCUGCAGUGGAGAUGAGGCCGUGCCAUCAGCAGCACAGCCCCCGCCUCAGCCCCACCAGCCACACCUCCGCCUUUUUCCCCAGCCCCAGCCAACCGCCCCUGCAACACUCCCCCACCUCCGCCGCUGCUGCACCUGCAUGGUGCGAGGAAAACGCCCCUCCCAGACCGCCCCUACCUCAGGUCUACAGUCCCGACGAGCACCCACCCGAUGUGCCGCCCUUGCCCAGGGAGGGUACCGUCAUCCGGCACACCUCCGUACGCGGCCUCAAACGGCAGUCUGAUGAGCGCAAAAGGGACAGAGAGAUUGGGCAGUACACCAACGGAGAUGGCAAGAUUGAACUGAGGCCGUUCCUGAGUGAGCCUGAGCUCCUUGGAGUUGGAGAUGGCUCCAGUCAUAUUGAAAUUAUGGCGUCAGGGCACUUGGGAGGCUACCAGACCUUACCUAGCAGAGGACCGGCUGGCUCCUUGUCCAGGCUGAACCAGUCUUCAAACAUCUCCUCCUACGUGACCCUGCGGAGAACAGCCUCUUCUGCAGGCAUGAAGGAGAGACCAAAGAGUGCCUUGGAGCGUCUGUACUCUGGGGACCCGGUGCAGCAGCAGCUGAGGGGGAAGAUGAGCGCCGACGAGCAGCUGGAAAGGAUGAAGAGGCACCAGAAGGCGCUCGUCCGUCAGCGCAAGCGCACCCUGAGCCACGGAGACCGACACGCCUCCUCAUCGUCACGGGCGUCCUCCUCUCGCCCGCUCUCGGCAGACCUGGGCUCAUGGAGGCGGGAGCAGGAGUUUGACCUGCAGCUGCUGGAGCGGGCCGUGCAGGGCGAGGAGGCGCGGGGUGACAGGAGUGUCCAGGGGGAAGAGAGACCCGCGGACCACCAGGAGAGACCCCGCUCACAUUCUGAUGAAUGGCUGACCUUCCACUCUGGGACCACAACCACUCCCACACCCACCCAGGAAGCAGACCUGGAACCACUAGACUAUGAUGUGGACCUCGGGAAAGAGCUGUCUAAGCCUCAGAAGGUGCUAAUCCCUGAGCGUUACGUGGACUCAGAACCAGAGGAGACCCUUAGUCCUCAGGAGGUGGAGGAGCGCCAUCGUAAGGUGGAGCGCAUCAAGAGCAUUAUUGCCAAGUCCAGGAUUAUCGAUGCAUCAGAUAUCAAUGCAGGUGUUCUGCUAUUACGUGUCUGUGACAGUGUGCAAAACCUAGCACCAUCGGUGUCUCUGGACAAGCCGGAGGUGGGGCUGCUAGGCCUGGACUCAGCUCUGCAGGAGCAGGAGAGGAUCAUAACCAUGUCCUAUGCUCUCGCCUCCGAGGCCUCCCUCAAGAGCAAACAGGUUGCGGUUCCACAGCAGGCUAACAUCUCCACUCCUCCUCCGCCUCCUCCUCUUCCUCCUACUCCUCCUCCUCCUCUGCCUCCUCCCGUUUCUCCAGCGCCGCCCCCUCCUCUUAGCAACGGAAUUCACUACACGUUUGUCUAAUCAGAGGAGUAAACCCAAGCCAUCUCUGGACACUGAGACGCCGGACGCCGUUCCCCCGGGGACAACGCCUGCUGUUUCGGGAGGGUUUCGUCUGCAUCCGGCGCGGGAGGAGGAUUCCAUAGCAAGGGGGCAGUUACGCGGUAGAGGAACUGUAGCAAAGAUAUUUAGCCACACUAAGAACUCUACGGCGUGUGCAGGACUGACGUGGGGGAGCACCCGUGGGUGCCGAGAAGCUAUUUUUGUGAGAAGAAGACGUAAAGGGGCCUUGGCUGCGGAGGCUGCUGCGCUUAUUAACUCUGGAAGUGUAACAAAUGUUAAUCAAUAAUAAAAUUAUUUUACA